AUGGCGAGGCACCGGAAUCUGAUCCAAUUACUCGGCUUUUGCCAUUCAACGGAACCACAAAAACCUGUCAAGAAAAGAAAGGCAAGAACAGAACCGGUAGAGUACCUGCUGGUAUAUCCAUUGGCGGUCAACCGAGAUGUGGCUUCCCAGUUGACAGAGCGCACUGCAUUGCAGCGGCCUCUCGAUUGGCCUACCCGGAAGCACAUUGCCUUAGGAGUAGCAAGAGGGCUCUCGUAUCUUCACGAGGAUUGCAGUCUUCAGAUAAUUCACUGCGACAUAAAGCCUUCAAACAUUUUGUUGGAUGAGAACUUCGAACCUCUCAUUGGGGACUUCGGCUUGGCAAAAUUCAGGAAUCACGGCGAUUGGAACCAGCAGAUCCAGAAGUCGAAAAGUGCCGGGGCACCACACCAGAUGGCUGAAACUGAAGCAGUGAACAACCAGGAGAGGCCCUUUUUGGCUCUGGAAAGAUCAGCAGAGUUAUACUAUACCUCUCGAAUAUGUGGUACAUAUGGAUAUAUUCCUCUGGAGUUCCUGAAGCAAGGGGAAUUCUCGGUAAAGAAUGAUGUCUUCGCAUUUGGGGUGGUGCUCCUUGAGCUCAUCUCUGGUUUGAGGGCACUUGAUUUUUUGCAGCAUCGACCCACAAAAAGAAUCAAUGAUAUUAAGCGGGUGAAAGAUAUUCUGGAACAUAACGAGUUGGGAUGUCUGAUCGAUCCGAACUUGAGCAGAGACUACGAUGAGAAUGAGGCUAAGACAUUAGUCAAACUGAUUCUCUUGUGCAUUCAAGAUUCACCAACAAAACGACCCACAAUGCCGGAGGCAGUCCAAAUUCUCAAAGGAAGCAGCUUAGUUGACAGAUGGGAGAGUGAAAAAGAGGAGAUAGUACUUGAUUUCUGGCAAGUUGGUUUUCAAUCUGGCAGCACUGUCACUGACUCUGCAUCUCAUCUUGAUCCAGUGGAGCUAUCAGGACCGAGAUGA